AUGUGCAAAACGGCUGGAAGAUCACAUGUCCAAAGGGGUUAUCUGCCUUAUGACAUGAAGCAGAUUAAUCAACUGCGGAUAUCGACCAAUACGCUAAUCACCUUCAAAACGUGCGCAAAUUGGUUUCUGUGCAUAGCACCUUCUCAUACUGCAUCUACUCUGCUGUGGCGAGCAAUUACCUAUACAGAAUACCAUUCUCCACUUGCAACUUCCGAAAAGUUGCGGCAGACGAGCACUCCUAUAAAAAGUGUUAAAUUACUGGAAGGCGGCAAGGCAGGACUGCACACGGUUGUUAAAAUUUCAUGCCAGGGCAUGAUGAGAAGAACUACAGGAUUGUUGACAAUUAGCCUUUCGCAGUUUAUUGUGCUGGUUCACGCAGACGUCGGAACAUUCGAAAAGCUGUGCUUGCGACCUUUCCAGUUCGGAUCUGGUAGGCAAACGGGAAUACACUGUGAAGUGAAGUAUCAGAUGUUAACAACGAAAAAGAAACAAGCUCUCGACUUAUGCCUGGCGUCGUCUCCAUUCGAUGUUUUGAAUUAUACAAAAGGCUAUCCCACCAAAUGCACCUACGUGAGAACGAAUAAAUGCAAUGAUGAUGAGUAUUCGCUGUUGGACCAGUGCCUCAAAAUUAAGAACAGAGCAAGUUUUUCUGAAGACGCUUGUGGAGAAGAUUACCAGCUCUACACAAUAGAAAGUCGUUUGGAACACAAAUGGAUAACCGUUUUUGCGCAGCGAAAUUACUUCGAAAUCUGGAUCGGAAACAAUGCAGAAACAACCUUUUUGAGACCUCGUUUCAGAAAAGGUUUGAAAACAAGAGAUGUGAAGAAGUUGAGAAUCAAGCUAAGAGUAAGUACCGAAACGUUGGAUUUCAUUCCUAGAGGAACCGCUUUUUACGAGUCUCCGAAAAGAAAGUUACCACAUCUUUGCGCAAGACCUGCACGCAUGUUCCUAAAGACAGUACAAGAGAUACGACAUAUUGUUGAAGAGAUAGGGCUUCCAACUGAAUUCGCGAAUCAUUCAAAUGUGAACGAUACAAAUCGUCCCUAUUUCCAUAUGGCUGUAAUGAUACCUGUUAGAGGAACAAAAUACCUUGCCAAGGUUGAAGAACUUCAUGAAGCUUGCAACGUACUUCCAUCUGGUUACGUGGCUUCUAUGCGAGACUUUCGGGACGCUCAAGCAUUUGCUGCACUUCGUGCAAACUUUCCCAGUGGGCUGUAUAGAACCACCGUUGCUCUACGCCCAAAUGCAACAUAUAGGAAAAAUGCUACAUGUAAAGGAAGCACGUACUAUAAGCAGUUGAGGAUAGAUUUCUUGUACCAUGGUCCAGACAACACGACUUCGCAAACUCCUCACGAACACUGGAAAGACAAGUAUCCCUCCGCUAAAUGUGCGGAUUUACCAAGAACUACGGCGGCGAUGGAAUUUACCUAUAUGGACAUUCCGGCGAUGGCUCGCCGUAAUUUGGUUUGCUCGUACGGAAAUCCUCCUAAUUUUCCUCCUGUCAAACUGGAAGACAUUUGCAACAAGUAUGCUUACUGGGAUGAAGAGAAACAAAGUUGCGUUUGUUAUGACGAGGAUUCUGACGGGAGAGUAAAAUACCCAGAAAAAUAUGGUCAUUAUCCGGAGGGAGCGAUCUGCUUUGACUGUCAAGAUGCGGUACAUAAAAGAUCCAUAGUAUUCAUUCUCGACGGUACCGGAACCGUGAGAGCGAAAGGAUGGUAUCAGCAAAAGGUGUUUAUGCACAAAGUACUCGAUUACAUUGUCAACCUCAGAAUCGGAAUAGUCGUAAUCACCUCUGUGUCAGAGGUGGUUAUUCCGCUGGACGAUUACGAUAAAAAUGGUGGAGCUAUUAGCCACUUCAUACAAUACCGAAAAUACCCUCACUCGUGGACUGCAAUGGGCGCGGCGAUGUACGAAGCACGCAUGAUGCUGCAGAACGAAACCAACGAGAAGGUUAUUGUUAUGAUCUCAGACGGAGAUCAGGACCACUGUUCUGAUCCCAAUCCCGAAGUUUGUCCAGAAUUAGCAUUGCAAAGAAUAAGAGAUCAUCCGCAAGAGAAAGAGGCAGACGCUAUUCAUGAUGCGGGUAUAAAUUUGAUCUUCGUUGUGGUUGGAGAGAGGUACAAGACUGAUGAUAACUUCAAAAAAAGAGUGGAUCAUAUUGCACGAGGAGUUGAAAAAGCAAUUCCUGUGACCGAUUUUGAGAAGUUCGAAAGCAAAAAAAUCUUUGAAGAAGUCGUGGAUGCAAUUUGCAACUAUGAUGUCUCUGAUCUUUAAGGAUUAUAGUGUAGAAUUGAAUAAGUUACGAUUUACAUUGUACUAUACUACUAAAACAC